CGACAUCAUAUAUCCCCGUGUUGCCCGCGCCCUGCUCUCUCGUGUGCAAGCGGCCUCUCUGCCUGCCCGCGUGCCCCCCUGCAGGCCAUACGUCCAUCCGUGCAUCCAUCAGCAUGGCUUGGCUAGCCCAUCGGCGGGAGGAUCCGCCUGCAUGUGGGGCACUCCAUCUUGACGUCCAUCCACUGCUGCAGACACGUCGCAUGGAACAGAUGGUCACAAGGCGUCACCACACGACUCCUGAGCACAACACACCAACACACGAACACGGCAUUCACCUGACGCCCCUCCCUCAAGUGUAGACCACAUGUCAUGCAUCCAUCGCCCACCUCACCUGUCGUCAGCCUUGAUCUCCGACAUGCAAAUGACACACUCGGGCAGCGAGGACUCCUCCCCGCCCUCCACGUCAGACUGGGAGGGGGCGCGCAGAGCCACGGGCCUGUAGUAGUUGUAGACGUGCGGCAAACACCACAACGGCACGAAGAAACGAGAGCCGAACCGACGCUGCGCGAAGAUUAGCGCCACCUGGGAGCCCUGCCAAGUCAAACACAACACAUCCAUGGACAGGCCGUUCCUCCCCGCGUCUCGUCUGUGUGUGUGGAGUCUUCCCUACUUGCAGCAAGACGAUGGUGGCACAGACGUAGAGGCUGGGUGCGCCAGGGAUGGUGGGGUACAUGUCGCCGUUGAAGAUGGAGGCGGGGCAGCCCCACACGUACAGCGGCAGGAACAGCCGACACGCACUCAUACCAAGCACAAAGGUCGGGUGAAGCGAAUACCUACACACAACACACACAGGGAGAGAGAUAUCUAUAUCCCUCAACAAACACACCACACCGCUCUCUGUGUCUGCCCGUCCCGUGUGUGUGUUUGCCCGCCCACAUGCAGACCUGUGGCCGCCAUAGAUGUCCCAGACGAUCUGGGGCAGCCAGAAGGUGUACAUGAGCACGACAAGGAAGGGCAGGAAGUCCAGGAGUUGAUAAAGCACAAACAGCCCCAGCAGCAAGGCACCGUAGAACCGCGUGUAGAGGAACGACAGCUCCGACCUGAUCACCUCCCAGCCCUGGUUGAACCGCUCCUGACGCCGCGCACGCCAGAUCGUCAGCAGGUACCGCACUUCGAACAGCGAAAACAGCACAAACUGAUUGAUGCCAAAACACACACACAGCGGGAGGGACAGUGGGGGUGGACGUCAUUGUGUUUGGAUGGUGACGCACCGCAGCUUACCUUGAAGAGGGCGAUGACGGCAAAGCUGUUGAACAUGUACUGUGAGGUGAGGCCGACACCGAGAUGGAGGAGGGCAUCGUAGCCGUCAAGGAACGCCUGGAGGCCGAUGCCGAUCAGCGACACCUUGCUGGCGCUGCUGCCCGUCUCGGUGUGAGCCAUCUGAGCCAAAAAGAAACGAAUCUGACAGACCCGAUAGCGCAUACACAGAAACAAAGAGACAGACACUUAAUCCCGCAGUGUGAAGUACAGACAGACCCUCAGAUAUAUCUGCUGACUGCCCGCACCUGACCUGCAGGGCGGCGACAAAGCUGACAAUGACCGAGUAGGUCAUGAUCUUGCCGUUCAGCUUCACCAGGUUGAUCUCCGACACAAAGAACCGCAUCACGAACUCACAGUCAGGCGACACCAGUUCACCCACGCCGUCGAAGUCAGCACCCACAGCAAGCCGACCGGUCAGGGAGCUCGCCCCCUCGCCCCCGCCGAGGCCAAAGGACGCCAGGCCGAGCAAUCGAGACCACCAGGACGCAUGAGUCGGCUGUGUGCCGUUGGGCGAGGCCGGCUUGUCAUCGUCUUCUUGGUGCAGUGGGAGAGAGGGGGCGGGAGGAGGGUCAAGGCGGGUGGAGGUGGACCACCUCACGACGGUGUCGUCCUCCUGGAGAUUCAGGUUCCUCAGUCUGAACGGGCCGAGUCCGCCAACCUCCCCGAGCUGAGGGAUCUUGGACACCGACUUGCCCUCGUCCACAAAGAGGUUGAAUGUCCCGUCAACGCUGCACACGCCCCUCCCGUCCCGACGCUUCCUCCCCGCGUCGUCACCACUCGGCCUCUCCACCAGGUUGAACCGCUCAGGCUGCGUGCGCCCAUGCACCACCAGGGCCCGGCCCGCCUGGAAGUUCAGCCCGCUGAGGAGGAUCUCCUGCGCGCCGCCGUGUGUGUCCAUGAACCACAGCCGCAUGUCUGACUGCUUGAUGUUCUGCAGGUGGGUCGUGACGACGCUCAGCUGCGCGCGGAUCGAGUUCUCCACCAGAUCGAGGCCGGCCUGCGGGGCCGACAGCUGGUACAUGCCCUUGAAGGACAUCGUGUAGGAGCCGCCGGUGUCCACUGACCGCUCCGAUCGGCCCACUGUGGCUGGGUCGCGGUCCCACGAGUAGCCCUGCCCACCGCCUGUCGCCCCUUCACCACCAUCGUGAUUGGCAUUCCCGUUGUCCAUGCCGUACAUAAAGUCCGUCAGAAUCAGAAAGAGAAUGAAGGCCGCCACACACUGGACGCACGACGCCUGCCGCUGCCGUUGCGGGUCGUCGUCCGAGCCCAUCCUCGCGAGGCCAGGCACAGGCCCCGGCAACACGCCGCCUCCUUGUUGAGGGGCUAUGGCAUUGUUGCCAACAGGGUUGUCUGGGGGAGCCGGGGGAGGGGCUGGGGCAGCUGGGGCGGCUGCAGGGGCAGUGCCGGAGGGCUGGCUCGCCUCUGAUUGACCCGCACUUGCCUCAUCCUGGUCAGCAGCAUCCUCCGCCCCUGCAGCAGCACUGGCGCUGGUCGGUUCUUCAUCAUGAUCGAGCCGCGCUGAGCUGUCCGACACUCUGGUCCAUGGCGGCCACAGAGGCACCCGCGCGUAUCUGCCGCUUCGCCCGGUGAAGAAGCCUCUGCGUGGUUGCUCGACAGAAUGACCAGCUGACUCCCCUUCUUGGCGUGGCGUGCUGCCAUCGCUGCUCUGCCGGUCCAUCGGAGAGGCCGACUGCUCGAGGGAAACGUGCGCGUUUCGAG